UAUUUUCAUUCCCAAACUCUAAACAAUUUUCUCCAAAAGCCCUAAGCGAGUAAUCGACCUCUGUCGCUCAAAUUCCUCCUCCGCUCGGAAAAUCACCUCCACCACCGUCCACCUGCGUCUUCUCUCUUUGAAGUAUACUUGAAAAGUAUAGGAAAACCUCAUAAAUCACAUCAUCGCUUGCUUUCCUCUCGGUCCAUAUGCUUUCCUCGUUGACUCGCCGUUUCCCUGCAACAACAAUUGGUCUAUUGGUUCAUCAUUUAUCGUAAACUCUAGCCUUCAUCACCUUCCUAGUCUGGCUUCUGGUUGUCUAUAAGUUCUAUUUUCAUGUAGCUCUCUUUCUUCUCUUUCAUUUUAGAUCAAAUCAUAACUCGUUUUUCUAAGCUCUGCGUUCCAUAACUCCUUAAUUUUGGUUUUCCUAUGGUUUUCUUGUUGCUGACGUACAUUUUGUUUUUCCUAUUACAAUUUAAUAAUCUCACAGGAUGAAUUUGUAUGAUAUGAAUUUGGUACCGGGUGUAGGCAUGUGACAAGGGGCAUAAUGUCAAAAUGACAAGAAUAUAUGGAGUGGCCAGAAGAUGUGUUGCCGGAGCAAUUAACAAUUACACCACUCAGCUACUCGACUAUGGCAAACAAACAUCUCAGUAUAAUCUCACAGAAGCGCUGCUCUUUCUUUCUCAUUUCAUGGGAGAUAUUCAUCAGGAUUCACUUCGGAUAGAAGUGGGAACACGAUUAAUGUUCACUGUGGCUUUCAAAUCCAGGGAGGACCACAGGAAACAGAUGGAACUUGAAGAAGCCCGAAAAACUCCUGCAGAAGUUGAUGAAGAUGGAAAAGAAAUUAAUCCACAUAUUCCUCAGUAUAUGUCAAUGCAGAGAGACCUCUGUGGAGCUAUGAGACACACAACCAAGACAUGCAUGGAGAAGCCACCAUCUUAUGCUCAUGUGAUUGAACGAUAUGAAGCUCGUGAUGAAGCUAGAAAGAAAUUCUUGAAAGAUCAACAACUUAAGAAGUUAGAGGAAAAGGGUAACACUCAAAAUGUGGAAGAAGCUGUUAGUGAUGAUGAAGAUAAUGAAGAUGCAUUAAAAGUUGAUGAAGCCAAAGUUGAUGAGAGUAAGCAGAUGGAUUUUGCAAAGUGGAAAAACGUGUCAGGACUACAGGUGGUGGUAGCACGGGUACUGAAUCUGCGAAUUCGAGAAGAUACAGCAAAAUACCUUCUGAAUCUUGAUGUAAACUCUGCACAUUAUGAUCCGAAAACUCGAUCCAUGCGUGAGGAUCCGCUUCCAGAUAUGGAUCCAAAUGAGAAGUUCUAUGUUGGGGAUAACCAGAAUAGAGUAAGUGGACAAGCAUUGGAGUUCAAGCAACUGAACAUUCAUGCAUGGGAAGCAUUUGAGAAGGGUCUGAUGCAAAAUUGUUUUGUUUAUGAAUUUGACGAUUUUGCCCUUGGUGAUGAUUUGGGAUUUUGGCACACCAAGCAACAACCAAAAACAGAAAAUUGA